AUGCAUGAACGAGAUGUGAUUGCAAAAAUAGAAAAAAUAUUUGAGAUUGAGGAUCCAAGUGUGGUUGCUGGAAGUACAAAAGAUGCCAUUAGCGAGAUACUCGAAGGAGCGGUAUUCCCAAUAUCUCAUCCAUUCUAUACCGACUUCAUCCUGUUUAGUCUUGACGUGCUUUACCCAGAUGUUGAGGAUGCAUUGAGACUUUUGAAAAACUCUGGAUUUACUAAGGAGCAGUUUGAGGCAUCUGGACUGCGUAAGGCUAUUGAACGUGCUGCACAGGUAAAUGGGGCAUGCGUGGAAGAGGUGUUGAAGAUGUACGAUGACUCCAUGCCUAAGAGGCGAAAGAAGGUAUCAUGGGAUGCAAACCUGAUUACAAUUAAAGAGAUUGAACGGACUGUCAUGGAGUCUGAUGUGCAAGAUGUAGUAGAAACACUGCGUAGAGAUCCAAGAUCAUCUAAAAGAAAUGCAAAUGUACAUGGCAGCCCGAAACACACAAAUAUACAGGAAAGACAAGAGCUGAAAUGGAUAAAGCCAAUCAAAAUUGAUACUGAAAAGAUAUUACAGAAGUCAUCAGGAAUGAUUGAGGAGGAAAUAAGAGAAUCAAGUACAAUAAUGAUGCAGAAUACAGAAGAGCAUAGGAAAUUCACACCUGUGAAUUGCACCACAUCCACCUAUUCAAUUACUGAAGAAAACGAAACAAAAAUAAUUCCAGUCAUUACAUUUGCAAAAGGAAAGGCAUUCUUUGAUUUCAAGAAGAUAGUUGAGGAAAGACAUAUAAACAAGGAUGUAAUCAAUCAAAUUCUAGAUGAUGCAGAUGUCAUUUCUGCAAUUAUCCUGGCAAAGACAUGA